AUAUUUCUUCCCUUUCUAGACAUGAUUCAAGUUGAGGACAGAGAAGAAAAUGACCAUGAUGUGGACCAUGAAGAAAUCACAAUGAGCGAAUCUACUUCAGAAGGGAAUGACACAAGCAGCAAUGGUACUUAUAGGGAAUCCAGAGAUGAGGACAUGAUUCAAGUUGAGGACAGAGAAGAAAAUGACCAUGAUGUGGACCAUGAAGAAAUCACAAUGAGCGAAUCUACUUCAGAAGGGAAUGACACAAGCAGCAAUGGUACUUAUAGGGAAUCCAGAGAUGAGGACAUGAUUCAAGUUGAGGACAGAGAAGAAAAUGACCAUGAUGUGGACCAUGAAGAAAUCACAAUGAGCGAAUCUACUUCAGAAGGGAAUGACACAAGCAGCAAUGGUACUUAUAGGGAAUCCAGAGAUGAGGAUACGUUUCAAGUUGAAGAUAGUGAUUCUGAGGACAAACAUGACUCACAAUUUGGCAAGGAGCAUGAAGAAGUCACAGCUGCCAGCAUGUCUAGUUUGGAAGAGAACAUCCUAAGAACGAAUAAUGUUUCUAGGGAAUCUGGAGGUGGCUUUCAUCCUAUUGCAGAGAAGACUGACACUGGGGUUGGUGAAGUAAAAUCAGCUCAUAGCAAUUGCUGGCCCUUACCUAAGCUGCAAAAAGAAAAUGAUUUGUCACAUCUAUCGCCACAUGAUGGUAUCGAGAUGACUGAGGGUAGAGAAAUACUGGAAACAAAGAACAUGGAGAACAUACACAAAGCAGCAAGAGAUGGAUUUGCUGACGAGGUGCUUAGAUUGUUAGAAAAUGGCGGAGAUAUCUCUGCUUUCACCAGUGCUACCAAUAACACUCCACUUCACUAUGCAGCCUAUGAAGGACAUACCGAAGUUGUAGAAUUACUACUGAUUAAGAGAUGUGACCCAAAUCUCUCUAAUGCUGCUGGUGACACUCCACUUCAUCUUGCUGCAUUAACUGGAGAGAUCGAUGUCGUGAAAAUAUUGUCUGACUGGGAAGGUAUUGAUGUAAACAGUCCAACUGCAACAAAUGAAACACUUCUUACAUAUGCAAGAUACGGAGGGGAAAAGCCUAUAUUAAAUGUUCUUAGGAACCCAGAAACUAUUUCACCUGAGGGAAAUACACCCCUCCACUGUGCAUCACUGGCAGGUCAUACAGAAGUUGUUAGGUUGCUCCUAACGAAGGAUGCAGAUGCUAAAAGUGAAACUCCUACCCACCACACACCUUUGCACUAUGCUGCUCUCAGAGGGGAUGCCAUUCUCGUCAAACUGUUGGUCUAUUAUGGAGCCGAUUCUAAUGCUAAAGACGAACGAAAUAACACACCUCUUCAUUAUGCCGCUCUUUGCGGACACACUUUGGUUGUCGAGUUGCUGGUGGAUGACAGAGCAGACCUAAGCAUUCGGACAGACAUGGGACUCUCAGUGCUUCACAAAGCUUCCUUCUAUGGAAGGCUGUCCACUGUGCAGAAGCUUGUUGAACUACAAAAUGCUCUCAUCAGCAUGCGUGACAAGAAAAAAAUGAGUGCAGAAGACACAGCUCUUAUCCGCGGUCAUGUUCACACAGCCUGGUGGCUCAACAAAAAAUCAUGUCAAACUUCUUUACAAGAUCAGAAACACUUAAUGAAUAUUUGUAUGAGUCAGUACAAUCUGAGCGGAGACUUCUACCACACUUACUGUAGAAAGAAGAACGCCAGCGCGAAAGCUGUAGCCACUGCCAUUGACUUCGGCGUCUGCGACAUGCACUACCAAGACGAGCAGGGCCUGACGCUGCUCCACGUGGCCGCGGAGCAGAACGACCGACCCAAAAUCCGGGUUCUGCUGGAGCGCGGCGCCCUGCCCACCGCCCACACCCACGAUGGCAAGACACCCUCGGAGCUCGCCCGGGAGAAAGGCUACCUGGAGGCUGCAAAAGACAUAGAGAGCGAAAUAGACAAAACGAAGCAGUAUAUUCUUAGGAACCCAGAAACUAUUUCACCUGAGGGAAAUACACCCCUCCACUGUGCAUCACUGGCAGGUCAUACAGAAGUUGUUAGGUUGCUCCUAACGAAGGAUGCAGAUGCUAAAAGUGAAACUCCUACCCACCACACACCUUUGCACUAUGCUGCUCUCAGAGGGGAUGCCAUUCUCGUCAAACUGUUGGUCUAUUAUGGAGCCGAUUCUAAUGCUAAAGACGAACGAAAUAACACACCUCUUCAUUAUGCCGCUCUUUGCGGACACACUUUGGUUGUCGAGUUGCUGGUGGAUGACAGAGCAGACCUAAGCAUUCGGACAGACAUGGGACUCUCAGUGCUUCACAAAGCUUCCUUCUAUGGAAGGCUGUCCACUGUGCAGAAGCUUGUUGAACUACAAAAUGCUCUCAUCAGCAUGCGUGACAAGAAAAAAAUGAGUGCAGAAGACACAGCUCUUAUCCGCGGUCAUGUUCACACAGCCUGGUGGCUCAACAAAAAAUCAUGUCAAACUUCUUUACAAGAUCAGAAACAGUUAAUGAAUAUUUGUAUGAGUCAGUACAAUCUGAGCGGAGACUUCUACCACACUUACUGUAGAAAGAAGAACGCCAGCGCGAAAGCUGUAGCCACUGCCAUUGACUUCGGCGUCUGCGACAUGCACUACCAAGACGAGCAGGGCCGGACGCUGCUCCACGUGGCCGCGGAGCAGAACGACCGACCCAAAAUCCGGGUUCUGCUGGAGCGCGGCGCCCUGCCCACCGCCCGCACCCACGAUGGCAAGACACCCUCGGAGCUCGCCCGGGAGAAAGGCUACCUGGAGGCUGCAAAAGACAUAGAGAGCGAAAUAGACAAAACGAAGCAGGGGUGUAUAGAGGAACUAGCCUACAAUGAUUUGUUAAACUUGAUAACAUCAGCGGCGCAAUGUACCUUUGACCAAGAUGAUAAGGAACAGGAAGCCCGCCUGGCAGUCGUGAAAAAGGCCUCCUCACUACUGGCUUCUGGAGCUCCUUUAGAGCCACCUGGAGGUCAGUCUUGCUACCCCCUCCACCUUGCUAUCACAACCAACUGCACCCCCCUGCUGUCGCUGCUGCUGGCUGCUGGGGCGCCAUUGACGUCGUCAAGUAACGGCUUAGGUCCAGUGGAGACAGCAUGGAUAACUCCAGAUGCUACAACCUGGGUCGGAGUUGUUGUUACAAGGGCUGUAGUGCACAAACUCCGGUUUGAGAAGAGGCUCCUAGAUCCAGAUUCCCGAUUGCUGCCUCGAAUAGACACUUUGAUGGAGUUGCUACAGGGAGAGAAGCCCUGGAAUGCAAAGGUCAGUGUCCUUGGAGACUCUCCAACCACCCUAAAUCGUCUCCUAUUUCGAGCCUGUGCCAGCGGAGCAACCACACUAGCCUGGAGGAUCUGGCACAGCGGCGGAAGCGCUGUGGCACAGAACAAGGAGGGGAAAACGCCCCUGCACGGCGCCCUUGAUAAAGGGCAAAUCGACACGGCUGCCGCCCUCGCUCUCCACAUGGGAGCAAACCUCUUCCUGCCGGACAAUGAAGGGAGACUGCCAAUCGAUUUGUUAUCGGACGAUGCGAGGAGCGAGCUACUCAAGGUUUCUGUAGCACAGCAAUAUCGCCUUUUGGAUGAAGAACUGGAAAGAGCUCGAGAACCUAGCAAGAAGGAGGAAACAAAACAGUUCAUUUUACUCUUUCUUGCAUUAUACUCAUCAAAAUAUUCACAAAGAGCUACAUGUUCUACUCAGAGCUGGCUUGAGUUAUAUGAUGAAUUAUCCAGGAGCGAUGUCAUCACAAGAACGGAUAUAACAGUAUGUGAAGAUGAAGAUUCAGAAACUAUUGGUAAUGUCAUUUACUCUAACCUUAUGAAGUUGGUUGAUGAGAUCCAAUCAAAGUACCCUAGGUCUAGUUUACAGCUAAGUAAUUCUGAAAAUGAUAUGCAAAUUGACACAUUCAGUAAAAUCCUAGAGAAAGCAAUAAUCCUUAGUUGUGAAAAGGAGUUCCCAUUAUUUCUCUAUCUCUUGGUGCAUGUGGGAGGCCAAAAGGUCAAUCAAGAACUUGAAGUGUGUCGGGCAUCGCCCUUGCAUUACGCCGCUCGGAAGAACAACGCUUCUGCAGCCAGGUACCUCGUCAGUCACGGAGCUUCGGUCGAGGCGAAGGAUCGUUUCGGCAACACACCUGCACACUAUGCCUGCAUGUAUGGCCACAGGGAUCUCGGGGACUUUUUAAGGACAAAUCAGGUAAAUAGAUGUGGGUUGACAGCUAUGGAUCUAUUAGAUGGCUACAAGAACUACUUGAACCUAUAUGAAUUAGACUUAAAAUCUCUAUCAGACAUAGACGUGCGGGAAACAAACACUGUUCCCAAGAAAAUAGAAACUCGUUUAAAAGAACUGGAGAGGAAAUGGCAUGUAUAUGGCAUAGGCAAAGCAAUAAAUAGAGUCCAUGUCAACUAUUUACAAGGAGAAGCUAAAAGUAUACAAACAGCUGUAUUCAACAUGGUAAACAGUGUAAAAAAUGCAGUUGCAAAGAAAAAUCCUUUGUUCAGCGGGGAACUCAUGAUGCUAGGAAGUUCAGCAGAUAAUGUAAGACUUUUUUGCCCAGAUGAAUUUGACUGUAACAUUGUAUUAAGUAAUCUAAAUGGUUAUCCAAAUAAAGGCCUGCACGUCUCAUUGGGUAAAAUGGAACCAAAUUAUAGUGGUUGUACGACAAAAAUCAUUGUGUCAUCGACAGACGCCGACAUUAGGAAUUUUCUCAAUGAAAAUUGUUUUUUAGACACAUUCUACAGCACUGUUAAGGAAUGCGUUUCAGACUAUGAACCCGAAGAUGAAAGAAUGGCAUUCAUUCCACCUGGGGUAAAAAGGACUCAAGUUGGAGUUGGACUCAGCCUUGCCUGGACGGGUAAGGAGUAUCCUUUACUACUGGUAGAUGUAGAUAUCGUGCCCACUAUGGAGGCUCCCUGGCCAGAAGCUCUUCCGAGGCCACCUCUUACGCCGCCUCACCUGAAGUCAGUGUACAUCAACAGCAUUGGCAACGGCGAGUGGAGGUUCUCCUUUGCGCAGGCGGAAAAUGAAAUCAUGAGGAAUCUGACAGAUGACCAGCGGCAAGUGUUCUUAGCCUGUAAGAUGGUUCUUAGUUCCCUAAAACUGGAAAAGUGGGCACCGAAAGAUAUCCAGAACAGAUUUCAGUAUUUUGAUAAACUGUUCUUUACUAUUCCUUCACCAAAAGGAUUUAUUUUGAAAAACACAUUUUUCUUGGAAUUACAAGACUUUAAGGAUGACACAUUUUAUUGGAAGGACCGCUUACAGAAAAGGAUAAGGUCUAUAUUUAAACGCAUGUACAAGGCAGGCACCAAAGAACCUGUGAAGAUAGAAGCUUACUUUGCAGGCAGCACAGAAGCCUCUUGCAUUGGUUAUGGAAUUGCAGAGAUUGAAUCAUUUUUCAUUCCCAAGGCUGGCUUUCAUGGUGUAGAUAAAUACUGAGCUGAAUUUAACUGCUAGACAUGUUACUGAUUUGUGAUGGGUAAUUCCAACUUAGAAUGAUAAUUAUACCUUAAGAGAAACUUCCUUCAGUAGUAUAGUGUUGUUUUUUAUGAUUAUCCAAAUAAUAGUUUAAUCUCCUUACAUGUUACUUUCAUUAUGAUUCUAGUAUUUAGCUUUCACUAUGGUUCUACCAAUUAGCUUCCAUUAUGUUUCUGUCCUUUAGCUUUCAUUAUGCCUCAAUGAUUUAGCUUUCACUAUGUUGCUGUCUUCUGUAUGUAUAAUUGAUCUAUGAAUUUUAACCCGAACAACAUAAUUAUUGUCCAAACUUGUAAGCCAAAUAAAACAAAAUACUACUA